UGGUUGCAACAAUGGAAGAAAAUAGCCUGGGCACCCUGCAACAGAGGGCAGCUGAGCUGGAGUGCAUGGCGGAGGUUCUUCUGACAGGCGAACAACUAAGGCUCAGGCUGCAUGAAGAAAAAAUUAUUAAGGACCGAAGACACCACCUGAAGACUUACCCGAACUGUUUUGUUGCCAAAGAAUUGAUUGACUGGCUGAUUGAUCACAAAGAGGCCUUUGACAGGGAGACAGCAAUUAAACUUGUGCAGAAGCUACUGGAUCGUAGCAUUAUCCAUCAUGUUUGUGAUGAGCAUAAGGAAUUCAAGGAUCUCAAACUUUUCUACCGCUUUAGGAAAGACGAUGGGACAUUCCCACUUGACAACGAAGUGAAGGCUUUCAUGAGAGGACAGAGAAUAUACGAAAAGCUUAUGAAUACUGAGAAUGUAAUUUUACAAGCCAGAGAAGAAGAAGGAGCAAAAUAUGAGCGUACUUUCAUGGCCUCUCAACUGAUUGACUGGUUGAUCCAGGAAGGGGAGGCUGCCACGAGAGCGGAGGCUGAACAACUCGGUCGCAGACUUCUGGAGCAUGGAAUUAUCCAACACGUGUCCAACAAACACCAUUUUAUGGAUAGCAACCUGCUCUAUCAGUUCCGGAUGAAUUUCCGCCGCAGGAGAAGACUGAUGGAACUACUUACCGAGAAGUCUCACUUGGUGCCCGAGAGCCAUGAUAGUCCCUUUUGCCUGCGGAAGCAAAAUCAUGACCACAAAAAACAUGCCACUUUCCUCUCAGUGAGCCCCAGCAAGGAGAUCAAGAUUGUCUCUGCGGUCAGACGGAGUAGCAUGAGCAGCUGUGGCAGCAGCGGGUACUUCAGCACCAGUCCGACCCUCGGCAGCAGCCCACCUGUCCUCUGCAACCCAAAAUCUGUACUAAAAAGAACAGUGACUCCUGAGGAACUUUUGAGGCCUGGGGCGCCAUAUGCUCGGAAAACAUUCACUAUUAUAGGUGAUGCUGUUGGGUGGGGAUUUGUGGUGCGAGGGACUAAGCCCUGCCACGUGCAAGCAGUGGAUCCCAGUGGGCCAGCAGCUGCAUCGGGAAUGAAG